AUGCACAAACCUCCUGCCGCCCCACCUAUCCCAACCGAUCGCCCAUGGCUUCUGAAUCCCAAAUACCCGGGUGCCGGCGUCUUCUACUACGCCUUCAUACACGAGGAUCAUCAUGGUUACAUUUUCAUGAGGAACGGCGAGCCAUGGCUGCAACUCGAAGACUACCAAAUGGAUUACUACGGAGGUCAUGGGACUCUUCUUGUCAACGUCGAGGAAUACCGUAACUUUCCCGGAAAUCUGGACAAAUUUCAAGCUGAACUUUCGACGCCGUAUCCAGUGAUUUCUCCAAGGCACUUCCAAAGCAUGAGCAAAAAGUCGUACAUCUACAAACGAGACCUGUUUCCUCAAAUGCAAAUGUUGACCAAGAUUCCAAACUUGAGAGCAGAUCAAGAUAACAAGCCGCUCAUACAGAUUAUGGCGAUUUAUUCGCGGACCAAGGAGGAGAUGAUGGAGGGAAAAGUUGAAUUCGCUCCUCUUGAAUUUGAGAACUGGGUGAAGCUUGGUAAGGAACUCAGCAGAAAAUUCCAAUAUGCGACGCAUCAGAAUAAAAAGUACAAGAUGAAACAGAAGAAUCAGAAGACGAUGAAAUUUGUGUUCGACACAUUGAAAGCGAUGUUGCCAGUGAACAGAUACGAUCCAGAGUUCACAUCUCUUCGCAAACUUUUGAUGAGGCUUCACGAGCUGAAACCAGUGGAAAACAACCAUGCAUUCUAUGAGUUCAUUCUUAACAUGAUGUAUGUCAUCAUUGAAGAAUUUGACAAGUUCAUCAAAGCCAACAAGUCGUGGUUUCUUCCGUAUCCUGUUGACCGGAAUCCAAUAACUGCUUAUGUUCGUGUGUUCAAGGAGAAUAAAAACAACUAUGUUCUUGGGUUUGAGCUAUUGAAAGAAAUGCAACGGUGUGGAAUGAAUACUGUUCAGCUUGAGGAGAUGCUUCAGGGUCAUAGACCAUUGUUUUGUCUUGAUAUUCGAAAUGUGCUCCAGCUGGAACUCAAGAAUGUGGAGCGCAUUGUCGUCGACAUUGUAAAAUCUCACAAAACGCCGGUAUGGUUUCCAAGCUAUGAUGGAACGUUCUGUCUCCAACGUCUUGACACAGUUCAGUAUUUUGUCAACUGGAUCCAUACCAAAAGAUAUUUCCAAGACGCCACGGAAGAGACCAGAGACAAGAUCCUUGAAGCGUUGAAACCUCUGAAGACAGUUGUAGACUACAUCCCGUUCAACUACCGCCUAAUCUCUGAAGCGGAAUUCAAUAAAACGAGAACAGAGAUUCUGGAAAAUCUCAAAAACGCUGGAAUCGUCCCACCUGCACAAAAGAGGGAAGUUCGACAGAUUCAUCCAGGCCUGUGGACGGAAAAGCAGUUGGUGGAAGAGUUGAAGUAUCUCGAUUUGGGCAGAACGUUUCCGGAAAUUUUGAAAAUUGGCAACAUCGUUCUCAAAAUCAAAGAAUUGAACCAUAUUCGCGAUGUUGACAUGUUUACAGCUGUCGAAAUGUUGCAGUCCUUCUGUAUCAUUCGACGACUUGGGAUUGCUCAUCACUUUAUCAUUUUCAAAGAGGAGUGGUUUGAGGGAUUGAUCACCCUGAGUGAUGACUCGCCGACGGAUUGA